AUGUUCAUUAACUUUGUGAAAUUACACUGUUAUAGCCUUGAAGUCCUAGUAGAAAGUAGCAAAGAUUGUUGUAAUGCAAACAUAAAUCCAAUCAUUGAUAAAGUUUUAGAAGCAAAGUGUGCAGAUGGGCUUGCUCAUCUCUGGCAAAGCUGUGAAGAAAUAUUCCUAUAUGAACAGACAGGACCUCCGGACUUUGAUGAUGUUACUCAAUUACACAUUCAUGAUUAUAAAUUG